AUGGAGGCGCCCGCAGCUACGCCGGCGGUGCCCGACGCGGGGGCGGCGGCGCCGCCCGCCUGCCGGCUGUACGCGCGCCGCUGGCUCAUGCUGGCCAUCUUCGUGCUCUGCUCGCUGUCCAGCUCCAUCCAGUGGAUCCAGUACUCCGUCAUCACCAACAUCGUCACCGAGUACUACCGCGUCGACAGCAACGCUGUCAACUGGACCGCGAUGCUGUACGAGGUGCUCUACAUACCGCUCAUCUUCCCCGCCUCGUGGAUCCUCGAGAAAACAGGCCUGCGCGUGUGCCUGCUGGCGGGCAUCUUGGGCACGGCGCUGGGCGCCUGGGUGAAGGUGUUCUCGGUGGGCCGCCACCUCUUCUGGGUGGGCUUUGCCGGCCAGAGCAUCGUCGGCGGCUCGCAGAUCUUCAUCCUCAGCCUGCCCGCGCGCAUCGGCGCCGUCUGGUUCGGCCCCGACGAGGUCUCCACCGCCGUCUCCAUCGGCGUCUUCGGCAACCAGCUGGGCGUGGCUCUGGGGUUCCUGCUGCCGCCGCUGAUCGUCAAGUACCACGAGGGCGACAUGGAGGCGAGCGGGAGCGAGUUCGCGCUCAUGUUCUACCUGAUGGCCGGCUUCUGCACCGUGCUGCUCCUCGUCGUCGUUGCGCUGUUCCGGGCGGCGCCGCCCACGCCCCCGAGCCCGGCGCAGGCGGCGCAGAAGGAGGCGGCGGCCGACGAGGGCGGCGGCGGGGGCGGCAGCUUCCUGUCCUCCACGUGGCGGCUCGUCACCAACCCCGGGUUCGCGCUGCUGCUCGUCGCCUACGGUAUCAACGUCGGUGACUUCUACGCCAUCUCCACACUGCUCAACCAGGUCGUCCUGCAGUACUUCCCGGGUCGUGAGGUGGACGUGGGCCGGCUGGGUCUGGUGAUGGUGCUGGCCGGGAUGGUGGGCAGCGUCUGCUGCGGCGUCGUGCUCGACAAGACGCACAAGUACAAAGAGGUGACGCUGGCCAUCUACUUCAUGUCUCUGGUGGGCCUCGUCAUCUACACCUUCACCCUCAACUGCGGCUACAUCGAAGUCGUCUACUUCACCAUCAUCUUCCUCGGGUUCUUCAUGACGGGCUACCUACCUGUCGGCUUUGAACUGGCGGCAGAGCUGACCUACCCCGAGCCCGAGGGCACCUCCGCCGGCAUGCUCAAUGCGUCGGUGCAGGUAUUCGGCAUCGCCUUCACGCUCUUCUACGCGUGGCUGUUCGAGCUGGCGGGCGACAUGUGGGCCAACGGUGCACUUUGCAUCACGCUGGUGGUCGGCACUGUCAUCACCGCAGUCAUCCGCGCCGACCUGCGCCGACAGAGUGCACAGCGGCAGCACCUGCAGCCAGUGCCAUUGCCUGCCUGAUAGGUGCGCCACAGUUGGCAGCCCUGCACCAGCAACCUGGGCUCUGCCUUCAGCACACAGGGGAUUCCCUCACUUGGUAAUGAAGUACUGUACUCUACCCAGUGAUAUAUAACUAGACUGGAUGUCUAACUGCAGCUGUCUGAACAUUCUGAACAAGUAUACUCGUAGGUGAUUUCUUGCCGAACUACAGUAUGGAGGCUAUGAAAUAUCACUAGAAUGUAAGCAAAAUACCUCCGAUUCUGCGUCGUCAUGAGCCUAUUACAUUGAAUGUUACAGAUUUCUGCAGAAGAAUGAAAUUAAUUGUUUAUAAACUAGAACAAAAGGGUGACAAGUCUGCUGUAUCAUUUAAAAACUUUGGGCUGAUUAGAAAGUUUAUAUGCUUUAUUUCACUUACCCUUCGCUCAUACUUCUCUUACCAUACACACAAACACCAUUAAAUGCAACAGAAACUGAGGAAUUAAGUAUGAUAUUAUCAAAACACUUCAUAAAAUCGAGUGUACUGUAUGAUGAAAAUGUUUGUUGACCAAAUUUGACAUUGUUUGCUGAAACAUACCACUACUGAUCAUAAUAAUUACGAAUGGACUAAUAAGGUACUCAUUAAGUGCAAAAUGAUAUUCAAAUUGCAAGCCCACUUAUUUCUCAAUCCAAAACAGAAUACAUUGUUAUGUACUCUGUGUCUGAAGUGAUGCAUUGCCUAGCAGCAUUUUUGUUGCCACUCACUGCCAUAGACACAAGAAUGUGUUACUCUCGAUAGGACAUAAAAAUAUCAAUUCUUACCAGUUUCCUGUGGUAUACUCACAGUAAAAAUACAAACAACAUAAAAUGUCUCUGUAACACUAUAUUUUCUGUCACCAAUCGCACAGGGGCAGUUUAAGGAAAAAGUGAGAAGCCACCGCUUGGCAUACCAAGAUGAGAGCAACAUCCAACUGCAAGAUCUAUAUUAUAGUGUGUAUCACUUUUAUUAGUACAACCAACCUCAGGUGAAACAGUAUG